CGGUGGUAUCGAGUAAAAAAGCGAAGAAGAGAUUUUUUUUUGCAAAAACGUCUUGUGAGCUAAAUUCGGAUUUGCUUAUUGAUAAUUACUGUAAUUUACAAUUAACUUAGUAGGCACACGUGAAGCAAAUGUCGCUUUUUCGCAAACCCAAGAAAAUACAGCGACGGGUUUUCUCCAGCAAUGCAGACGAAGACGAGGAUGUUUCGGCUGUGGACAUCCAUGGAGAAUUGGAAACGCCCCCACCCCCGCCGCCAAUAAUCUCAUCCGGCAAACGUGACAAAGAUAAAAUAAAAAAAACAAUUCGACAAUCCGAUGACAGUGGAGCAAUAUCUGGCGGAGUUGCCGUCCAACAAAAGCCAAAAGCUCUUCUCAGCUUUGCUGACGAUGAGGACGAUGGAGAAGUGUUCCAAGUGCGCAAAUCUUCGCACAGUAAGAAAGUAAUGCGAAUGCUGGACAAGGAGCGUCGCAAAAAGAAGCGCGAGGAACGAGCGGAAAUAACUGGACACAGCGGACAUUUUGGUUAUGAGAAUGGUGGUAAUACACAGCAUUUAGAGUCGUCCAGUGCCACUUCGGAUUUGGCUUCGGUCUCUUCUUCGGCUUCGGGUUCUGGUGCUGCUGGUUCAGCCAAUCUCUCUAGUAGAUAUAAAUGUACUUCGAUAGCUAGCGACAAUGCGAGCGUACAAAGUAAAAGUAAAAAGUGUGAUAAUGAUAUGAUCCAAACCGAAAUACGCACAGACGACUUUGUGCUUGUGGUCAAGAAGUCGGAAACUCCAGAUGUGCUAUUAAAUGGACGCGCCGCUCUAUGUGCUGGUCGCGAUGAUAUGAGCGAUGAUGAUGAAUUUGAUGAUGGCGAAAGCGAUAAGACACGCCAUCGGUUCUCAAAGCCGGAGCACUUAAAGCAAAUGCUUGAGAGCGGCUCUAUACCAGAUGCUGCAAUGAUACACGCGGCACGAAAACGUAGACAGCGGGCCAGAGAGCAAGGAGCCGUGGAUUACAUACCCAUUGAGGAGCCGAAGGAAACGCCAAAGCUGAGUACACGAUUGCCACGCGAGGAUGUAGAGGGCGAUCAGUCGGACGAUGAGGAGCGCAUGGAUAUGAACGACAUAACGGGUCUCAAGGAGCGCGAAGAGCGUCGCGAACAAUUCUAUGCCGUUGAGAAUGAUUUAACUGAGGAAGAUUCCGAUCGCGAAAUGCACGAAUGGGAGAAUCAGCAAAUACGAAAAGGCGUUACGGGUGCUCAGCUGGUUCACGCCCAGCAUGAGACUGUGCUAUCGCGCUUCAUGAUCAAGCCGGCAGCGAACAGUGGAGCAGAUGAUGGAGCUUUCGAGAUGGAUGUGGAUCCAGUGACGCCAUCAACUGCGACGUUGCUGGAACAGGCCUAUGCGAAGACCAACCUGGACAAAAAUAGUAUAAUGGCAGCCAACAUUCGUGCCACUCUCCAUAAAGCCAAGCGAGAGAAAGCGAAGGCAACCGCGCUGCGUACUCCACAGGAGAUGCGCUCCACGAUAGUAAUGCGUCUUACGGAAUUGCGGGAGCGGAACGAUGAACACAAUGCGAGCAUCACGCGCAUCGAAGCGGAACUGAAGUCUUUGAAGCUGAAGCAGAGCGAGUGCAAACAGAAUGCGCCCACGGCGGCAGCUAAAUAUAAAUUCUACCAGGAGAUUAAGUGCUAUGUGAACGAUCUGAUAGAUUGUCUGGCAGCCAAAUCUCCGUUGAUAAACGAUCUGGAGAAACGCGCUCUGCAGCUCUACAGCAAGAAUCAACGCUAUUUGGUUAAUCGAAGGCGGCAGGAUGUCCGCGAUCAGGCCAAGGAAAUGGCGGAGGCCUCAAAACCAGUGCAAGCGGCAGCACGUCGAACACCGGAAUAUGAGGAGCAAGUGCGUCGAGCAGCUGAGCGGGAAGGCCGACGCACACGUCGACGUUGCGAACGUGAACGCAAUUAUUUGUUAGCCACCCACCUGGAUGGCAUGUCCAGCGAUGACGAGAUUGCCGAUCAACAACAGGAACAGUGCGUCGCGACGAAAGCCCUGAUCGAAGCGCAAGCGGCUGAGGUCUUUGAGGACGUCAAUGAUGACUUCUGCAAAGUUGAUCUGAUACUCAUGAAGUUUUAUGCGUGGCGUAAGACAGACAUGAGUUCGUAUCAGGACGCAUUUGUUAGUCUAUGUCUGCCCAAGCUUCUCGCACCACUGGUGCGUCACGAGCUCCUGCUCUGGUCACCUUUGCUGGAGGAAUACACGGACAUUGAGACAAUGCAUUGGUAUCAAGCCUGUAUGCUUUACGCCUGCCAGUCGGAUGAAACGGUUGAGCAACUCAAACAGGAUCCAGACCUCAACCUUGUGCCUUCACUUAUAGAAAAGAUUGUGUUGCCCAAAGUGAAUUCUUUGGUCGCGGAAUGCUGGGAUCCAUUGUCCACGACACAAACGCUACGUCUUGUCGGCUUUAUCAAUCGUCUGACUCGUGAAUUCCCGCUCAGCAGCAGCAGUAAGCAACUAAAAAAGCUUUUCGAGUCAAUUAUGGAACGCAUGCGAUUCGCACUCGAAAAUGAUGUUUUCAUACCCAUCUUUCCUAAACAGGUGCAGGAGGCCAAGGGCUCGUUCUUUCAGCGUCAGUUUUGCAGUGGGCUUAAACUGUUUCGCAACUUCCUUAGCUGGCAGGGCAUACUGGCAGACAAGCCCUUAAGGGAGCUAGCUAUUGGAGCUCUGUUGAAUCGCUAUCUGCUAAUGGCCAUGCGCGUGUGCACACCAAAUGAUGCUAUUAGCAAAGUCUCGAUUAUUGUGAAUACUCUGCCAACGGUUUGGUUGCUGACCAACAGUGAUACGCUAAAGAAUUUGGAGUUGUUUAUUAGCUAUAUACGACAAACGCUGGACAAUUGCGAUGCAACUAACCCACUUCUCGCGUAUGCAAUCCUGCGAUAAGGCGAAGCAGAUACUACAAAGACUACAUAGCUUAUAAA